CUCGAAGCUUCAGCUACCGUGCCGCAGGGUAUAAAGCAAGCCCCAAGGACGUCGGAAACAUGUCAAUCCUCAAGGCGCCUUCACUUCAUACCGACACAUUCAACUCCAAUCCUCCAUGAUGAACAUUGUAAUUGUCGGGGCCGGCAUCGCUGGUCUAGCCUCAGCAUUGGCUACCACCAAAUGGCUCCCCGAAAUGCCGCACGUUACCAUUGUUGAAAUUCGCCCGCGGCCGUCGACAAUCGGCGGCGCUGUUGGACUGACACCGAAUGCCCUGCGCUGUCUGCACCACCUCGGAGCGCUACCACAGAUUCGAGCAAGGCGGCUGGGGGUCGACAUUGAUAAGAUCGAGCUGUUCACAAUCUACACCGGCGCCAGACUCGGCGAGAUCACCUUCACCGGCGACAACGGGGCCGGAGUUGGCGAUCCUGCCUUCAAGGGCCUCAGAAUCCCACGCGCGGACUUGGUCCAGUCGCUUACGGAGACUGUCCAAGCACUCGAGAACGUCAAACUGGAGUAUGGCUGCAAACCAGUCCACAUCGUUGAGACAGACAAUGAGGUGACGGUUCGGCUGGACGACGGUCAGACACUAAGCGCAGAUUUAGUCCUUGGGUGCGACGGCAUACAUUCUUUCGUCAGGACCAGCCUUGUCGACAAGGAGAGAAAACCUCUGUACACGGGCAUAGCAGCGGUAUUUGGGUUUGCGGACCUGGAGGAAGGAGCAAAAGUCCCCUGGAAAGACACAGGAUUGUGCCAGUCGCAGCGCGGCAGUCUCAUGACCACCUACUACGAGCCGACUAGGAAGAAGCAAUUCGUGGCAGCCAUCACCGAGACCGCGGACGUUGCGUCAAGAGAAGGUUGGCUGGCUCGUGGCACGGAACAGAAGCGGAUUGAGGAGGACGUGAAAAGUCGAUUUGGGGGCGGUGCCAUCGAAUUUCUCGAUCCUCUCAUCUCAGCAACGGAUCAUUGGACCCUCUACCCUGUCUAUAAUCUCGCUCCACGGGGUAACUGGUGCUCGAAACGCAGCAUGCUACUAGGAGAUGCCGCACAUGCAAUGCCGCCGCAAGGUGAAAGUACAGCAUAUGCCUUGGAAGAUGCCAUCUUGUUUGCCCGAGCCAUGGAAUCCAAGUUUGACGGUGGACUGGACGAAGUCUUCCGCACAUACCAAAAUAUCAGGAGGGUAAACAUCGACCGGGCCUACGACGAGGCCGCCUUUGGCUGGGGAACACAGAAAGAUUGUGGCUGGCUUACGUUCUUGCUGAGGAGCUGGAUGACAAGGGCCUAUUUGUGGUGGACCGCCUCUGCAAGGCAAACGAGAUAUCGUGAAGACGUGGCCACCAUGGUCCUGGACUAAGGUGCCGUCUGGAUAUCCUAGGAUGUCCCCAUUGCGUAAGAACCAAGGAGCAAGCUGGCCGUGAAACCAAUUGCAGGAGAAAUCCCUCGGUCAUUUCGCCCAAGCUGCCUGGUUGUCGACGAGAUUAUCGACAAGAUAAUCAGCACGCUCAGACCGAGGACGGGAUCGAGUUUCAGGAUAGAUUUGACCAUGCCUUCAAGGGAUUGGUGGAUCUGGCUGGGUGGGAAGCCUUCGCCUUUAGCCAGAUCUCGCCUCUCGAAAACCGUCUGGGGUCUCAGCCUUGGGGCUGCCGAAUGCAUCGAGUCCAUGGGGCGCCAUGUUUCAGGACAGGGAUUCUAUGCACGCUGGAGAUUUAAGGACAAAUCAGCAAUGCUCCUUUUACUUGCGAAAUCCCACCACCCCAAUCUCUCUUGCUCAGAUUACCUUGGACCCAACGACAUGGUCCACCAUGGUCUUGACCCGGGCUACACAGAG